AUGGUAAAUUGCAACAUCAGUAAUAGCAGCUCCUUCAUUUUCAUCUUGAUGGAACUGCCAGGACUAGAAGAUGCCCACCAUUGGACAGCCAUCCCUGUUUGUUCUAUAUAUUUCCUCUCUUUCCUGGGAAACAUUGCCAUCAUAUACAUUGUCAAGUCCGUGCCUAGCCUCCACACCCCAAUGUACCUUUUUCUCUCCAUGCUCUCAAUGGCAGACUUGGGUCUCUCUGCCUCCACAAUGCCCUCCAUGGUGGCUGUCUACUUUCUGGGCCAUAGAAAGAUAAAUGCAGCUGCGUGCUUUGCCCAGUUGUUCUUUAUCCACACCUUUGCAGUCAUUGAAUCUGCUGUGCUUCUCGCCAUGGCUUUUGACCGCUGUGUUGCCAUUUGUGAGCCACUGCGUUACGCCACCAUCCUUACCAACUGGCGCAUCAGUGCCAUUGGAUUGGCAAUUGUCAUUCGAAGUGCUGCCCUUCAUCUGCCUUUGCUUGUUCUCCUUAACAACCUGAAUUUCAAGUCCAUCAGCGCCCUGUCUCAUUCCUACUGUGUCCACCCUGAUGUUCUAAAGCUGUCCUGCUCUAAUACUCGGGUCAAUGGUGCACUUGGACUGUUUGUGGUGCUCUCCACUCUGGGACUUGAUGUUCUACUGAUCCUCUUUUCUUAUGUGUUGAUUCUCUAUACUGUUCUGAGCAUUGCCUCCCAUGCAGAACGGCUCAAGGCCCUCAAUACCUGCAUCUCACACAUUUUUGCCGUCUUACUCUUCUACACACCAACCAUCAGUCUGUCCAUGGUCCAUCGUUUUGGGAAAAAGUUGCCAGCUCAUGUCUAUAUGCUUCUCUCUUACCUUCAUUUCCUUGUUCCCCCUAUGCUCAAUCCUAUUGUCUACACCAUCAAGACCAAGGAAAUCAGAGUUCGAAUCCUUAGGAUGCUCCACCCUAAGAAGUUCUGA